AUGCUAUAUCAACAUGAGUGGGUCUUCCUCUCUGCACAAAACAAAUACCAUGUACUCAAGCCGGAUAAUUACUAUUGGGAUUUUGAACUCGUUCUGCCCGGAUCUCUGAUCGAAACCAUCGAUACCUGGAAUGGAAGUUAUUUCCGUUACAGUCUUAAAGCUGUCGUCGAGAGAUCCAUUUUUUUCUCAAAUCUCAGUACUGACCGUAGGAUUCAGAUCAAUAGAUGUCUGGUAUCAAAUUCCCUCAUCUCUCUACAAGGUACUUUUGUCUUUCACUCUUGGGAAAACAAAGCCGAAUACGAAAUUUCCGUCAGCUCAAAAUAUUUUUGUCUCGGUGGCAAGAUUCCAAUAGAAAUCACGAUCAGACCUUUGAUAUUGGGGCUUAAGGUCUUUCAAAUUUACUGCGGUUUCAAAGAGAUCAUAACUUAUAAAGUCAGAUCGAAAGAAGUUAUCAAUGAACGAAUUAUUUGUUUUACAAAAAAUCGGUCAGCUACUUUUUACGAAGGAGUUUGGUCUGAGAAUAGAGAGAUAUUAAUUUCAUCAAGGUGCCUACCAGAUUCAGAAAAUGACCAAAUACGAAUUCAACAUGAAUUAACAUUUAGUAUCAUACUUCAAAAUGAAGAGAAUAAAGUGUUUACCGAACUUCGCAAUGUUUUGCCAGUCAUUAUUACAUGUCCGAUGGGCAGCAUUGAUGACAUAAUACUUCCUGCAUAUAGCAAAGGAAUCACCGAAAACCCAUCACACUUGUCGUCGUCUUUACCAGAUGAU